AUGACCCAACAAUAUUUGAGAUCACUUACCAAGGAAGGCAUACUUGUACUCUUGCCUCACAUGGAGUGCCUUCCCCAGGACCAUUGGAAAAUCAAGACCAAGGAACCUCUUCUGUAUGUUCCACGUAUUGGAAAGCGUUUCAAUGCUGAACUGCAAUACUCUUUGGUGGCGAAGCCACAGCCCUCUGAACAAGCAAUCAGAAUGCCAGAGUCGCAACCUCCUCGUGUUGGAAGUACUCCCCGGAGUGAGGUCCAUGACUGUGAUUUCGAGGAACAGGAGCUCAAAGAUGACUCUAAGAAAAGAAAAACUCUGUUAAGAUUGGCGGAACUAAUCCGAGUUCCGUCUACUAGCUUGGAGGUAUCUCCAGACGAUGGCUUCUCUUGGAGGAAAUAUGAGCAAAAAGAAAAUCUCGGAUCAAAAUAUCCAAGAAGCUAUUACUGGUGCAUCUCCGGAAAUGCACAAGGUUGUCUGGCUCAAAAGCAAGUUCAGCGAUCUGAUGACGACCCAACAAUCUUUGAGAUCACUUACCACGGAUGGCACACUUGUACUCUAGGCUCACAUGUAGUGCCUUUUCUAGGACCCUUGGAAAAUCAAGACCAAGAAACCUUUUAUGCUUCGCCCACGAUAUCCGGUAUUACAUAUUGCUCCACGAGCCCAUCUCCAAGUCCGAGCGGGAUGAACCCUAUCAUGCAGGAAGACAUUGACUUUUGA